AUGUCUACAUCUUGGUUGUCCCGGAAAGCUCGCCUUUGCGCGUUGCUCAAGACAUCGACGGACGAGGAUGAAACUGGCUUUGCCCUGGACCGUAUUCUUCAUGGCCAGAGCGUGAUCGGCAAUUCCUCCAAAACAGCCGAAAUCGAUGCGCUUCGUUUUAAAGACGGCGACCUACAGUCUAUGGGAGCGCUUGAACGAGGGCAGUUUGGGCUGAUCGACAUUGUCAAAUGCAACUUAGACGGUCGUCUUUACGUCCGCAAGUCCAUUGAGAAGCGUUUUGUAUUGCGAAACCGCGAACAAUGUUCCCCUCAAAUUGAACGUGAUGUUCUUCGUCUGGCGCGUCAGACCCGCUCCUUCUGGGCUCCUCAUCUUCUUGGUGCCUUCCAAACACAAACUCAUCUCAACUUGGUUAUGACAUAUGGGGCGGGGGGUAAUCUGUGGGAAGUUCUGCAGUCGAGUCCUCUAGGCAGCCGUGUCUCGGAAGAGGAUAUGAGUUGGUGGACGCCACAAUUCAUCAGCGCUAUCCAUUGGUGUCAUUCUCAAGGCUUUGCCCAUCGGGACAUCAAGCCUCACAAUUUCGUCAUUACUCCCGACGCUCAUGUAUUGCUGAUCGAUUUUGGGUCUGCCGCUCCAAUCGAAAACGGUCGCUUGUUGAAGAAGUACUGUCUCGUCCCCUGCGGAACUUGUGACUACGUCUCUCCCGAAAUCAUUACCGCCCAUGAGCAAGCCCUGGUCGACCUUCAAAUGGAGCCUUCAUUCUCCCACGACGAUAUAUACGGUUAUGGGCCUGAAACAGACUGGUGGAGUCUUGGCGCAAUGCUCUACGAGAUGGUCUAUGGUGUUGCGCCAUUUUUUGCUCAGGUUAUCAACGAUACAUAUGUUAAGAUCGUUAAUCACAAGAGCAGUUUACGCUUCGAUUCUGGGAUUGAUGUGUCUGCUGCAUUCCAGGAUCUCCUUCGCAGGUUUUUGACAACCGCUGAACAACGACUAGGUCGUAGAGGCGUUGCCGAGAUACAAGAUCAUCCAGCGUUUGUGGAGGUUAACUGGACUAGGGUAGCAGUUGAAUCUGCCCCAGAGGGCCUUCAUUUGCCUCAAUUCUCCAUAGGGGAAUCAUCUGUUGCCUUUGCCGUGGAUGACGAAGAAGGAUAUUCUCAACCGUUCGCAUUUUCGGCUCUGUUCCAGUCAUCGCCUGGGGGCUCCGAACUUGUUUCUGGUCAUAUUUCACCCUUGCAAACCAGUGCCAAUGUUCAACAAGACGACUUAUUCAUCGGGUUUUCGUGGGGUCCACCUGUCGAUGCAUUCAGUAGCAUGUUCGAUCCCGAGGAGAGCUUACAUCGGGACUCAUUCGCUACUCCACGCCCCAGUCGCCUCUCCGUCCCUGGGACUAUAGCACCAGUACUAUCCCGAACACACGCCAUGGCUCCAAUUCCUCACUCCCAUCCCUUCCUCACGCCGAUGCGGCCCGGUGCCGGAACGAUUCAUCAGACGUUGCCAAGAGCCAGUACAGUGCGUCGCACAGUUGGUGGACGACCCGUGUCAGAUCGCGAAGCCAUGAAGCAAUUGGCCGAAUGCAUUGGAAUGAGUGCCCGUAAACGGGUUCUCGAAAGUGGUCGCAAACCUCGGGUAUUGCCGACUUUCGCUUCUUCAACAAACAAAACGAUACGAUUUCUACCGGCUUUAACCAUACCAGAUUUUACUUCCUCGUCUCAAGCGCGCCUUCGACCAUCUGUGGUCGUACCACCAGAAGAAACAACUGAAUCAGAAUCAGAAGGACCUCCCAGUCCUAGUCCAACCCCGCGACCAAGCUCGGCCAUGUCGGUCUUAUCACGGCGCAGUGCUACCCCCACAAUGACCAUGUCAGGCACAUUUUCUGGUCGGAGUACUUUCCUGACCGGGAAUUCAACAUCCCUGGGAGUUCCUGGUCCCAGAGCGCGGUCAAGAUCGUGGAGUAUAGAGCCAUACCCUGCAUCGACUCUGACGUUCGAGGACGACACAUUUGACGAGCUGGAAGACAGGCAUUCAUCGAUUAUGGACGAUAUACUCGUGUUGGAGCAUCAACUAGAUCAAAUAUCAAGGCGCAUUAACCCCAGGUCUUGA